UGUCUCCUGACAACACCAGGCAGCCCUCAGUCAAAAGCUGAUCUUUCCAUCUCCUGGAUUCCCUGUAUUUUUUUGAGAAACACCUUCGACAUGGCUCUGUUCUUCACCCUGGCUCUCCUGGCUCUGGCACUUCAUCCUUCAAUGGCAUUUGACAUGGGGCAGUCCACUCGCUGCGUCACCAUCCCUAACCAGAUGAAGGUCUGCAAAGACGUGGGAUACUCCGAGAUGCGUCUGCCCAAUUUCCUGGGCCAUAGCAACCUGGAGCUGGAGGUGGUGCCACGGUCGGAGGACUGGAAGCCCCUGCUGCAGACAGGCUGCCACCCUCAAGCCCAGGCCUUCCUCUGCUCCAUCAUCGCCCCCGUCUGUCUCGACACUUUCAUCCAGCCCUGCCGCAGUCUGUGUGUGGCAGUGAGGGACAGCUGUGCCCCAGUGCUGGCCUGCCAGGGUCACCGAUGGCCAGAGGCUCUUGAAUGUGAGCGAUUCCCUGCUGAAGAGGAAACGUGCCUCACGCCCCACGCCAAAUCAAGUCACUUUGCCAAAGAUCUACCUAAACCUGCUUGCCAAAACUGUCCAGCGGUGGAAGAGGCUCCUGCCAUGGAAACAGUCCUGGAGGCUUUUUGUCAUCAUGACUUCGCUGUAACCGCCAAACUCCAUCGCCAUCGCCUACCCACGGGUGAACCAGAAUUUGAGGUGGGGGGCCGGGUCGAGUUUAUCCAUCAGGGACCUCUGCUGCCCUACGACACAAAGCUCCUGCUCCAGCAGUGGCUCCUCAUCAACCUGCGAUGUGCCAAAGUCCUUGUGCGCUCUGGACGCUCCCAGCUGUACGUGCUGACCGGCUCUGUGGGGCCUGACGGCACUCUGGCUCUUACACAACUCUUCCCGUGGCACAAAAAAGACGCAAACAUUGCAGUGGCCACACGUAAGUGGAAGCACCACAGGUGUUGAAUGGCCUGAUACUGAACAAAUGAAAACUAGAGCCCUGAAUCAAUUAUUGAAUUGUAGAAUCACAUAACAAUGGAAGAUUAUAUAUCAAGGAGCGGUUUUGGGAUGGAGAGUUUCUUAACAUUGGGUGUUAAUGAGAAAUUGUCCAGCAAGCUAAAUGGAAAAAGGAGCUGGACUCAGCUAAACAUCAGCACUAUUUGCUUCCCUCUGUAGCUCUCGGUCUCAUCUCCGUUCUCGCAGCACAUUGGAAUUAAAUGCACUCAACUCUUGUACAUAGUAAUAAUAAAUGUAAAUUGAUUGUAAAUUCUAUUUUCUAUAAGGAUAUUGGUGUAUUUAUGACUUCUUUUUGAUGUGUAUUUUAUAAGAAAAAGAUAACAAUAAAAUAUUUGCUUUGUAAAACUA